CAGAUGUUCACACAUCAAUUGUUUAGCAAACUUUCCCUUGGAAAAUUCAUUUAAAAAAAAACUUAAUCGUAAAAUAAUGGUGGCUCCAACAGUGACUUUGUACAACGGAUUCGAGAUGCCAGUGCUUGGUCUGGAAACAUGGCUGACUGAAGGUGAUAGUCUUGUGGAUGCUGUAAAAGAUGCUAUCGAUCUGGGAUAUAGAAUGUUCGAUACAUCAAGAUUCUAUUGCAACGAAAAGGAAUUGGGUAAAGGCAUUCGAGCUAAGAUUCGCGAAGGAGUUGUUCGACGUGAAGACAUUAUCGUCAUUACGAAGCUGUGGAAUACACAUCACGAUCCUGAUGUUGUUGAACGAGCUUGCAAAUACUCCUGCGAAGAAUUAGGCUUAGACUAUAUUGAUUUGUAUCUUAUGCAAUCUCCAAUGGGUUACGCAUACCGUGGAGAGACCGACCAUGAUUUAUGGCCGGAACAUGCUGAUGGAUCGUUAGUGUUCAGUGACGUGGAUUACGUUGAUACCUACAAAGCAAUGGAACAAUUACUGGUGACGGGUAUGGUUCGCAACAUAGGAGUAUCAAAUUUUAACAGUCAACAAAUUGAUCGCUUAUUGGCUAAUUGCUCAAUAAAACCGGUGGUCAAUCAAGUAGAAGUCGGUCCUAGUCGUACGCAAAAGAAAUUGAUUCAGUUCUGCAUGAAUCGUGGCAUACACAUAAUUGGGUUCAGUCCGCUAGGGCGACCUCAUUACGCUAUUUAUCCAGACUUACCAAAGCUCGCUUUUUUGGAUGAUCGGGUUAUUGCUAUUGGAAACAAGUAUGGUAAAACAGGUGCUCAAGUUGUGCUUCGAUAUUUGAGUCAAUUGGGUGUAGCUUUGAUUCCCAAAUCGAUUAACCAGGAACGGUUAAGUGAAAAUAUCAAUAUUUUCGAUUUCGAAUUGAAUGACAACGAGAUGGCUGUCAUGGAAAGCUUUAACACGGGAAAACGUGCCUUGCCCAUGAAGUAUCAGUCGUUUAAUUUCAACCAUAAAUAUUUUCCGUACGAUGCAGAGUUCUGAUGUUCGUUGCGUUGGCUUUAAUUAUACGACUUUUCUCUCUUAUAACUUAUAUUUAGCACAAAAUAUUGAAAUAAAUCUUUUUAAAUAGUU